CUAUCAUCAGUCUAAACUUUUGCUAAUCUAUUGCACUUGACACAUUAUAUAUGGGGAGGAUUUUCUUAGCAGCACUAACACUGUUAGUAGUGUUCCUUCAUGUCCUACAACCUUUUAUGGUUUCUGCUGCUACAAAAGGAAAGAUGGUAACAGUUUUGAGCAUAGAUGGAGGUGGCAUCAGAGGCAUUAUUCCUGGCACCCUUCUUGCUUUCCUUGAAUCCAAACUUCAGGAAAUUGACGGACCAAAUGCAAGAAUUGCAGACUAUUUUGAUGUGGUUGCUGGAACAAGUACAGGCGGAUUGGUAACAACUAUGCUUACAGCCCCAAACAAAGAUAACCUCCCUUUAUAUGCAGCAAAAGAUAUUACCAACUUCUACAUGGAGCACAGCCCUAAAAUCUUUCCUACGAGCAGCCGCACCAGAUUUGUGGAGAAGUUCUCAAGGAUAUUUGGGGGGCCAAAGUAUGACGGCAAGUACCUGAGAUCAUUGGUUAAGUCAACAUUAGGCAAUCUUACUACCAAGCAGACAUUGACUGAUAUAGUCAUCCCAACUUUUGAUAUCAAGCGCCUUCAACCCAUAAUUUUCACUACCCUUGAUGCAAGAGCAAAUGUAUCUAAGGAUGCGCUACUAUCAGACAUCUGUCUUGGUACCUCAGCAGCACCCACUUAUUUCCCUGCACACUAUUUUGAGACCAAGGAUGCUCAAGGGAAAACGCAUACAUUUGAUCUUAUUGAUGGAGGUGUAGCUGCAAAUAAUCCAACUCUAAUGGCAAUGACUCACGUUAUAAAAGAAAUGAUGAACGGGAAAUUCCAAUAUGAGGGUGUAAAAACCAUGGACUGCAAGAGAAUGUUGGUUCUGUCGCUGGGCACGGGUAUAGGCAAGCAUGAAGAGAAUUAUAACGCAGCCUCAGCUUCAAAAUGGGGCUUACUUGGUUGGAUGUACAACAAUGGUGCCAGUCCAUUGAUUGAUGUUUAUGGUGAUGCAAGUGUUGAUAUUGUGGACAUACACCUUUCCACCAUUUUUAAGUCCUUUGGCAGUGAGAAGAAUUACCUCAGAAUCCAGGAUGAUAAUUUGACAGGGGACGCCGCAAAUAUGGAUGUGGCAACCAAAGAAAACAUGGAGACACUUGUGAAGAUUGGUAAUGAUCUAUUGAAGAAGCCAGUGUCAAGGGUCAACUUGGAGACAGGACGAUAUGAAGCAGUUCAUGGGGAGGGGACUAAUGAAGAAGCUAUUAUCCGUUUUGUUAAGUUGCUCUCAGAGGAAAGGAAGCUCCGACAACUAACUGACAAGUGUUCUUCGACUUGAAAAAUGCUGAAAUAAUUUAUCAACUUCGAAUAAAGGGCUUUUCUUGUUUUUUUUUUUAGCUCCAGUUUUUAAUUAUGUGCCUUAAGUUGAUUUAUGUAAAAUCGAGAGAUAAGCUUUCCAUUGAGGGGAAGGAUCAGGCAUGCCAUCGAAGCUGAGUAAAUCAAUAGACAUAAGUAUGCUCAA